AUGAGACAGUUUCUUUUAUUCUCUUACAGUGCUCUCAUGUUACUUGAUGCAUACGGUUUUACCGAUGAAACUGAUAUGCAAGCGUUGCUCGAGUUCAAGUCUCAAAUUUCUGAAGAAAAAAUAGAUGUCUUGUCCUCAUGGAAUCACUCUUUCCCUCUCUGCAGCUGGACUGGGAUUACAUGUGGCCGCAAGCACAAGAGAGUGAUUGGUUUGGACCUCAAAGGAUUGCAAUUAAGCGGCGUGAUAUCACCAUAUAUUGGUAAUCUUUCGUUUCUCAUAUGGCUUAAUCUCUCUGAUAACUCUUUUGGUGGUACCAUUCCUCAAGAGGUGGGAAACUUGUUUAGACUUAAACACUUGGAUAUGAGCUUUAAUCUUUUGGGAGGAGGGAUUCAAGUCAGUCUAUCUAACUGCUCUAGAUUGGUGGUGCUUAUUUUUGAUUCAAAUCAUCUUGGGGGAAGUGUUCCUUCAGAACUAGGGUCAUUGAGGAAGCUUGUUAGUUUAUAUCUUGGUGGUAACAACUUGAAAGGGAAGCUCCCUGCAUCUCUAGGAAACUUGACAUCCCUUAGAGAACUUCACCUUGGAUUUAACAAUAUCGAAGGAAGAAUUCCGGAUGAUAUAGCUAGAUUGAAUCAAAUGUUGGUACUUGAUUUAGCAGUGAACAAUUUCUCAGGUGUUUUUCCUCCCCUCAUCUACAAUUUGUCCUCACUUAAGUAUUUAUACAUCUCUGGUAAUCGUUUCUCGGCUUUCUUAAGAUCUGAUUUUGGUAAGCUGCUACCAAACCUAGUAGCGUUAAAUAUGGGACAAAAUAGUUUCACAGGAGUCAUUCCAACAACACUUUCCAACAUCUCGACCCUUCAAAAGUUGGCAAUCAAUGACAACAAUCUUACAGGAAGUAUUCCUCUAAGCUUUGGAAAAUUACGGAAUUUGCAAUGGCUAUUUCUUUUUAGCAAUUCUUUGGGAAGUUACUCUUUCGGAGAUCUUGACUUUCUGGUUGCUUUGGCUAACUGCACCAAACUAGAGAAAUUAGAGAUUAGUGAUAAUAGGCUCGGAGGUGAUUUACCUAUCUUCAUUACGAAUCUCUCCACGAACCUCUACACUUUAGACCUUGGGAAAAAUUUCAUCUCUGGAAGCAUUCCUCGUGACAUCGGGAAUCUCAUAAGCCUACAAAGCCUUGUGUUGCAAGAAAAUAUGUUGACAGGUGCAUUCCCAACUUCCCUUGGCAACCUCACUCGGUUGGACAAACUGUAUUUGUUCAACAACAGUUUUGAAGGAACCAUUCCUCUGAGUCUCAGUAACUACAUAGCACGUAAUUCCUUGACCGGCGCUCUACCGGAAGAUGUUGGACGACUUGAAUAUCUUGUCUAUCUAUCUGUUGCAUAUAAUAAACUAUCUGGACAUCUCCCACAUUCCUUGGGAAAUUGUCUCUCGAUGGAAACACUUUUGUUGCAAGGAAACUAUUUUGAUGGAGCCAUUCCGGAUAUAAAAGGUGUUAAAAGAGUUGAUUUCUCGAACAAUACUUUCUCUGGGAGUAUACCUGCAUAUCUUUCAAACUUUUCCUUGUUGGAGUAUCUUAAUCUAUCCAUCAACAAUCUCGAGGGAAGUGUGCCAACUGAAGGGAAAUUUCAGAAUGCUACUAUAGUAUUAGUAUUUGGAAACAAAAAUCUUUGUGGAGGCAUCAAGGAAUUGAAACUAAAGCCAUGCUUAAGGGGAGCUCCACCGAUGGGAUCAAAGCAUUCUUCUCGUUUAAAAAGAGUUGUGAUCGGAGUAAGCAUAGGCAUGGCUUUGCUUUUUCUGCUGUUCGUAGCUUUAGUUUCUCUACGUUGGUUCGGAAAAAUAAAGAAGAACCAUCAGACUAAUAAUCCAACUCCUUCCACAUUGGAUGUCUUUCAUGAGCAAAUAAGUUAUGGAGAGAUCCGAAAUGCGACUGAUGGCUUCUCUUCGAGCAAUAUGAUUGGGUCAGGAAGUUUUGGUACCGUGUUUAAAGCUGUGCUCCCUGCCGAGAACAAGGUUGUUGCAGUGAAAGUUCUAAACAUGCAGAGACGUGGAGCAAUGAGAAGCUUUAUGGCAGAAUGUGAAUCCCUCAAGGACAUAAGGCAUCGUAAUCUUGUUAAACUAUUGACGGCUUGUUCGAGUAUUGAUUUCCAAGGAAACGAAUUCAGAGCUCUCAUCUAUGAGUUCAUGCCUAAUGGAAGCUUGGAUACAUGGCUGCACCCAGAGGAAGUGGAAGAGAUUCGUAGGCCUUCAAGAACCUUGACACUUCUUGAAAGGCUAAACAUUGCCAUAGACGUCUCCUCUGUUUUGGAUUAUCUUCAUGUUCAUUGUCAUGAACCUAUAGCUCAUUGUGAUUUGAAACCAAGCAACAUCCUUCUAGACGAUGAUCUAACGGCCCAUGUUAGCGACUUUGGUCUGGCCCAGCUUCUCCUAAAAUUCGACCAAGAGUCCUUCCUCAACCAACUCAGCUCCACCGGCGUCAGAGGAACCGUCGGCUAUGCCGCACCGGAGUAUGGAAUGGGAGGACAACCAUCAAUACAUGGUGAUGUGUAUAGCUUUGGGGUUCUCCUUUUGGAAAUGUUCACAGGAAAGCGACCAACCAACGAGUUAUUUGGGGGAAACUUCAUCCUACACAGCUACACCAAGUCGGCGUUGCCCGAAAGAGUCAUGGAUAUUGCUGACAAAUCGAUUCUUCACAGCGGUCUCAGAGUCGGUUUCCCUAUUGUUGAGUGCUUAACAUCAGUUUUGGAGGUGGGACUUAGGUGCAGUGAAGAAUAUCCGGCGAACCGGUUGGCAAUGAGUGAAGCUGCAAAGGAGUUAAUCUCGAUCAGAGAGAGAUUUUUUAAAACCAGAAGAACAGCUAGACGUUGAAGUGUUUACGAUCUCUCUACAAACUUUGAAACCUACCUAAAGGCUAAUUCUGAGGCCUCAAAAAAAUCAAUGUUUUCAUAAUGUGUAAUUUUCCUCUUUAUGUACCAUAAUGCUUGCGGAUUAUUGUUGAUGAAUGAUUGUGUUAUUUGCAUACAAAUGUUGUGACAUUGUUACCUU